AUGUUUGACAAACAUAUUGACUUGCUGGCUCUCUCUGAGUCACGCUGGUGGGGUCAUGGCACUACUUCAAUGCAGUCUUACACCAUUCUUCACUCGGGCUCCGACUCUUCACAUUCUGGUGGAGUUGCCAUUAUCUUCUCUCCCCAUGCUCGAGUAGCUUGGGAAGCAGCUGGAAGUAUUUUCAAGCCCAUCAAUGGAAGAAUUAUGUAUAUCCGAUUGAAAUCACAUCUCUCCUACAUCACAGCUUUUGCUAUCUAUGCUCCGAUUAAUCCUGUCACCUCAACAACUGAAGCCAAUCAACCGUCUGAGAACUUCUACAACGAACUGCAUUCUGCAAUGGCAACCAUUCCAGCAACAGACAUGGUCACUAUUCUAGGGGAUUCAAUGCACGAAUAG